UAAAAGAGUUGUGAGAGAGAGAGAGAGAGAGAGAGAUGGAUGAGAGAGAGAGUCAAAACGGUGCGUAUGGAGGCAGGGUGGUGGUGAUGACGGAGGAGCAGAUGGAGAUUCUCCGGAAGCAGAUCGCUGUCUACGCCGCCAUUUGUGAGCAGCUCCUCCUCCUCCACAGCUCUCUCUCUUCUGGGACCCGGCUGAUCGGCGGAGGAGGAUCGUACUUCGACCCGCUGGUCUCAUCGUCUGUGAGCUCUCUCCGGAUGUCGGCUCGGCACCGGUGGAAUCCCACGGCGGCGCAGCUGGAGAUACUGGAGAGCGUGUACGAGGAGGGGAAUGGAACGCCGAACCGGCAGAGGAUAAGGGAGAUUGCGGCGGAGCUGUCGGAGCACGGACAGAUCACUGAGACCAAUGUCUACAACUGGUUCCAGAACCGGAGAGCUCGGUCCAAACGGAAACAGCAGCUGACGACGCAGGUCACGGGGGUUCAGGCCGCUGCCGCAGCGGAGGAGGAGGAGGUGGAGAAGAAGAUCGCGGCCGUGGAGACUGGAGGUUUGGAGUCCUACGAGCAUAUCCUCUUCCCAAGUCCCGACUUAGGGAUCGAGCAUUUGCUGGGUGAAGCAGAAGGUCCUAGAGAAUCGAGCUCAUAUAGGCAGAUGCAAGGAUGAUCGGAUUCGGAUUCGGAUUCAAGAUUCGGGUUUUAUUAUAUGUCUCGCUUACAAAAAAAAAACAAGUAUUAAAGAAUCAGACACAACA